CAUCAAUCCUCCAACACACCAUGGACCACCGGUCGCCCACCGAUCCGAGAGCCCGCCACGUCGCGUCCGCGGUGGGUAUCCACCGGCGGAGCACUAAUGCUUGCCAGCGCUGCAAGCGGAAGAAGAUCAAAUGCUUCUACAACAGCGCAAAUUCCCACCGGAAAUGCGUCGCUUGUGCCAAGUCCCGGGCUGAGUGUGAAUUUGACCUCCCUCCUGACGGUGUAUUCAGAGGUGAUGGAUAUGUUGCCACCCUGGAGGCCCGCAUCCAGACCUUGGAAGCACAGUUACAGGCGGCGAAUGCCCGGCCUGCUCUCGGAAACAAUGUGCAUCUCACGCCCCCAGAAGAUGCUGAGCGUAGAGGACACCGUCCCGCGCCACAAGAACAUGACCUCAGAAGGGCCGCUAUCGGGUAUCCAAGCCGACGUCCCCAAGAUUCCCUGUUCAAAUCGCCGCGAGCACCUCAGGCCUCAAAUUUUGACAUCACAGUCCUGGAUAUGCUGCAUGGCAACGCAUCGACUUCAGAAAUAGAAGAGUCCCUGCCUUCACUUCCUUCCAGCGCCAGCGCCCGGACCCUGGUAGACACUGUCUAUUUUUAUACGCAAGCGCGGUACUGCAUUGUCGACUGGACUCGUGUUCGCGAGUGGCACCAGGACCGAGAUGCACUUGCUUAUGCUUCUCCCCAGGCGCCAGUUGAGGCGCAGAGAGGAGCCUUCUUUAUCUGGAUUAUUUAUGCCAUCGGUGCUCGUUUGAUUUCUAAUCCGGAGAAUUCAUAUGAGGAAUACUUUGCUCGCGCUCGAUGUUAUCUCCCCGCUGUCAUGGCAUCGCAAGACUCCGCGACAGUGCAGGCCCUUCUCUGUAUAGUGCAGUACUACUUUCGUGCUCCAACUGAAUCCCCAAUCUGGCACCUAGUAGCGUUUGCACUGCGACUAUGUAUCAGACUUAGGUUCCACCGCUCCGUUUCGAAUACUCGAGAGUCAAGAGAUAUAGACCCGUACACCGUUGAGCUUCGGAAGCGGUUCUUUUGGUGUGCUUAUUGCUUUGAUCGAUGCCUUGGAAUCCUGUCAAAGCUUCCAUUUGGAAUUAGCGAUUCGGAUAUUGAUGUCGAGAUUCCGGUGGAUAUCGACUGCACCUGUACAGACCACAACAAGAUCCGAGAACUACAGCGGCUGCAGGCAGCUGGGCAGGACGGACAAGAGGGUACUGUAACGACAAUGACAGCCGCCCUACACCACCUGCAAGUCUACCGCAUCAGAUCAAAAAUACUAUCUAAUUUCACCGGACCACAUGCCCAGAAACCCUCCUUCGACGACGUAAUGCGUCUCCUCUCCGAACUCGACCAGUGGCGCCAGCAAGCACCACGCAAGGACGCCAGACCCUUCCCCCAGCAGAACCCGGACCGCGUCGAGGCAACAUACCUGCAAGCAAUCCUCAUAAUCAUCAGACCAGUUCUCAUGGGUAAUCCCAUUGACCCGGCCUUGAUAAAACUCUGCGGUGACUUUGCCGCCGAUGCCUGCGAGAGCACCAAAACCCUAAGCCUAAACCCGCAAACCCAAGCCGACCUCAUCACAGUCUACCACUUCUUCUACUGCGGGAUUACACUCCUGCAAUGCCUCGCCAUCGAUCCGACGGCCCUGACGCCCCGGCGCGCACACCAGGCCAUCAGCGCCUGUCUGAGUGCGUUGGCGAUCUACACGCGCGAACUCCCCGCGGCGGCGCCUUUUCUGAGACUUUUUGAGGAUGUCUCGAAUUUGUUUAUAAGGAAUGAUCACUGUCAGCCUGGUGCUGGGCCUGGGCCUGGGGCUGGGGUUGAGGUGGGACAGAGGGAGGGGUUGAAGAGGUUGUUGGAUCGGAUUGUUUGGAGUGGGCCGGAGGAGAUUAUGGGGAUCUGGCAGUCUAUAUCUGGGAAAGAACCGGAUGCAGGGACUGGGAAUGGGACUGGGAAUGGGAAUAUCAACCUCACGCCAAACCAGCCCAACCAACAAACAGAGACGCAGUCCGCUGCAGAAUCGUUGGAGAUCGAAACAAUGUACGACUCCAUCCUAGGAGGCCAAUCUACCGUUCUAGGCCUGGACACAUCGCCACUGACAAUCCCCGAUAUCUCGAAUCUGUUUACGCCGGACGUGGAAAUGGCGGGGCUCUGGGCUGGAGCGACGCCAUGGUUGGAUUCGUCUGGUUUGGAGUUUGACAGGAUGGUUGCGGAUGGGUUGGAAUGAUUGAUUGCUCUUUACAGCUAUGGUACUAAUGAUUAUAUUGGAAAUGGCUAGAUAUGAGAGCAGAGAGAUAUAUGAUAUCGUUAAUGGUAAAGAGCAUCAAGACUGCUGCAGCUUCUUUACGUCUGUCUCGAGGGUUUUACUCCUAUAUCUGUCAGCCACACCACAAGAAAUGACUGAAGGAAGAAGAAACUUAC